CGCCCAUAUCAGAUAUCGAAGGCCACGCGAUUGGGCGGGCCUGCCUGCCGUCCCAGCGCUCGCUCUCCUCUCCUGGUGCUGCUGCAGAUUCCGGUGCGAGAUAACGCCUCAUGGAGCAAGGCACUCCAGACCUAAGUUUCCCUUCCUUCGGCGCCCUCCGCGGCCAAUCACGUCGCCCUCAGAGAUUCAUGAAUCUCUGCCAGACGCAAACUCAAACUAAGUCAGGGAGGCGCGACCCAAACGUAGCACGAAAUGAUGGCCCGUUCGAUGCCUCGUGCCUCGCAGACUCGGCGAGACGCCCGUUUGAAUAUAUUCACUUCGCCUGCUUCCGUUACGGGCACUUUGGCGGCUAUUCGCAGCGCAAUAUACCUGCAUGCAUGUGGGCGCUGAUCCGUUUCAAGAUGUUCGGCUCGUUGUGAAGAUUGAUCGAUUGUGAGUUACCGGCGGUAGCACGUCGGUGUUCAGACGAGCGGGUUGCACACUCACCAGGAGGGCCUUGCUGCAUUCGCUUCAUUCUCGAGGUAGUGGCACCUUGCCAAGGUGCAUCGCCUAUGGUUCACGUCGGCUAGCUGUAGGCAGAUAUGUCUCGACACCU